AUGAAUAAAAAGGAAGAAAUUGCACUUGACCGGAUGAGAAAAUCAGUUCAAAAGCUUGGUGGUUCUACUGAGAGGUAUAGGGACCCGACAUUGGCAAGGUUUUUGAAGGCAAGAACAAUGGACUCAGAAAAGGCAGCAAAAAUGUUUGUGCAGUGGCAGACAUGGAGGGCUAGUUUUGUACCAAAUGGGUUUAUUCCUGAAUCUCAAAUUCCUGAUGAAUUGGAAGCAAGAAAGGCCUAUUUGCAAGGUUUAUCAAAAGAUGGUUAUCCUGUUUUAAUUUUCAAGGGAAGUAGGCAUUUUCCCUGCAAGGAUCACCUUCAAUGCAAAAGGUUUGUGGUAUAUAUGUUAGACAAAGCUAUUGCAAGGGCAAUCGAAGGGCAGGAAGUGGGAAAUGAGAAGAUCAUUGUCCUUGUUGAUCUACGGCAACUAACAUAUAAGAACUUUGAUCCACGUGGAUUAGUCAAUGCUGUAAAAUUUCUGCAGGAUUACUAUCCUGAACGUGUAGCAAAGUUGUACAUGCUAUACAUGCCACGGUUCUUUCAAAGUGUUUGGAAAAUGGUUUGUUACUACCUUGAGAAAGGAUUAAGAGAAAAGGUUGAAAUAGUGAAGAAUAAUGAAAAAGAAAGAAACGAAUUUGUCAAGAAAAUUGGUGAGGAGGUCUUACCCAAAGAGUUUGGUGGUCGAGCACAACUUGUACCUCUGCAGGAUGUUACAGUGCCCGGCCAGUUGAACUGUUGA